GCAUCGUUCCGUUGGUCUCUUCCAUCCGAACAGAAGCGGAACCUCGCAGACCCUUUCCAACCAGCCGAAAAGCAUAGCGACAAUGUCGAGUUCUAACAACAUCGUAGCCAUGAAAAAGGUCGUACAACAGCUGCGCUUCGAAGCGAGCAUACCCAGAGUGAAGGUGUCCCAAGCAGCCGCAGACCUCCAGCAGUUCUGCAUGCAGAAUGCCUUGCAAGACCCCUUGCUUACUGGAGUGUCGUCCAGCACCAACCCGUUCAGGCCGCAGAAGGUCUGCUCUUUCUUGUGAACCUGCCGUGCUCAUUUGGCCUUCAUUUUGAUGCUACAGGGAAAUGUCGACCUCAACACUGCUCCUCAUGCCAAGCCAUUAAAACUGCCAUGGGGAAGGGAGGGGACAAGGAUUGAGGAUCUCUUGAGUGUAUUAUACAUCAGAACCAUGUCAGAGAAGACAACCAUCUAUUUUCAGCCUCAGUAGAAGAUGAAGAAAGAAAGCAGUUUUAUUUUUCAUGGCACAGUUGAUUUUUAAUCGUGCCUUUUCUAUUCUAUUUUAGUCUUCACUCCAAUGGACUUUUUUGUAUUUAAUGAAUAAAACCAUUCUUUGUUACUCCAAA